CGAUCUUAGAUGAAUAGCAUAAAAUCAAACUACUAGACACAUGUAGCCAACCCUAAGGCUCAAUCUUAACUUGCUGUUAUUCUCUCCUCUGAUAUACCAACUUAUUUCUAAAUAAAAAAAUUGAGAGCAUGUCUAUGGCGCUUAAGAAGACGACAAAAGCUUGACAAUGAACACCACUCACGCCCAUCAAAAUACCGUCGGCAGCGGAGGACCAGCAGUAGCGACAAGCCAUCAACGGACUGCCUCUAUAUCUACGCUCUCCACUCGCCAGACAAAUAACACUGCUCCUUCAUCCCCUGAAAGCCCAAAUCGAAGCCAAAUCCAGAGUCAGGGCCAGACCAACUUACCGCAGCACUUCAUCGUGCGUCCCGGCGUAACUAAGCACACAGUGUCAGGCACAAUUACCACCCCAGGUCCUAUCGUGCCUCUCGUCGCCGUGGACCAGUUACCAGAGUGGCUAGACCUAUUCGGGGUGCCGCGGGAGCUGAGUCUCGAGCAGACAGUCGGACUGAGCAACCUGGGCACCGUUGUCCGGAGCCCCGAGUUCUACACCGUGUACAUGCACAGCGACUUGCAGCCCGCACUAGGUCGUAAAAGCCAAGAUUACGGACGAGAUGGCCAGCUCCCGCGGACACAGAUACAGAUGCGACAAGGGGAGCAUCGGGAGGAUAGGAACAGCGUCCUACUUGUCCCUCCGGAUAUGUCCACAUCUGGUCCACCUUCCAUAUCGUCAUCUACAGUCUCCACGCCGGGAUCUCCGUUAAGCUCGCGCAUGGAUCCCGCCACGAAAGCCGUAUCGAGUGGCAACCAACCACACACCAACGAUCCCGACAAAAGAGCCGCAGGAGGCAACAACGCCAACAUCCACACCUCCCCCGAACAACCCCCCGCCAUGAAUCUAGGCAUACACCAGCACCUCCCCUCGCCCACAGCAACAGGCAGCACGCCGCAAACAAACACCAACCCGUACCCAAUCCUACACCCAUCCUACCCGCAUCUCCACGCACCACCCUAUCCCCCAUCCCACCCACACGCGCCCUACCCGCCUCCCGCACCCCUACCACCAAUCCACCCCGCCGACCGAAUGCUCUACUCCUGGACCCCACCCACGCGCAAAUCCACCAGCACCUCCAACCCCCCCAACCCGCCAAACCCCAACUCCUCCUCCACGCGCCAGAAACCAAGCCCCAACUCCACCACCAACAGUAGCGGAAACAGCAACAGCAUAUACUGCAAACACUGGUGCCACCGCGGCACCUGCCGCUGGGGCGCACAAUGCCGAUACGCGCACACGAUGCCGGCGACGCCGGAGGGGCUGCGGGAGGUAGGGUUAUCGCACCACCCGGCGUGGUGGACGGCUGCGUUCAACAUGGCGUACGGGAGCGGGGGGUUCGGGGGGUGGUAUCCGCCACCGGCACCACAUCCGCACGCGCAUCCGCAUCAUGUGGUGUUAAGUGGGAAGCAUUACGGGGGAGGGGGGAAGAAGGGGAGGGAUGGGAAGGGGAAGGAGAAGGAGAAGGAGAAGAUUGGGGAGAGGGAAGGGUUGGGGAAGGGGAGGGUGGGGGAUGGGGAUGGGAAUAGGGGAAAUGCAGUAGUGGGAGGAGGAGGAAGAGGAGGGGGGGUUGAAGCUGGUGGGAGAGCGGAAGCUAGUAGGCAAUUGAAGAAAGAUGUUGUGGAGGGAAAAGCGGGAGGCCAAGAACAGAGGAAACCGGAGGCGCCAAAGGAGGAGCCGAAGUUGGUUGAGAUCUAG